CGCAGACUCACACUUUCCAAUAUGGCAGACGCUCUUCAUGCGGCAUAGCGAUGCAGAGCGUGACGUGAAGUUGAAGCCUAUGGACGAGGCUAAGCAAAAUUCUCAGAAGGAAAUUGCGAAUUGGACGAACUGAUACUGUUUUGUACCUCAAUAACGCAACAAACUUACGACUCUAUGGUUGAUCAUGGGAUCAUUUAUCUGUGUGUGUGGAAAUCCCGAGCCUGAACCCGCGGCCGACUAUGAUAAAAUAACCCCUUACCAAGGCGAAAGCAAAUUCGGCGUGCGUCACGGGAAAGGCAUCUAUUGCUACGAGAAAGGAGAUAUCUACGACGGACAGUGGAAAUGGGGCAAAAAGCAUGGCUAUGGAGUCUAUACAUACGCUAACGGAACAAUAAGACGAGGAUUUUUCUUUGAGGAUAUCUAUGUUGGAGAGGAUCCAAAAGAUCUGUUUGCGGAGCCUGUGGUAGUUGAGCAUAACCCGCCACGCCCACUCACUCCAACUCCUGAGCCCGCGGAAGAGAGAAAAAUAUCACCAGAGAUGGAGGAAUAUCUUCGCCAGCAGGCCGCAAAGCGACAAGAGCUUCGCGAGAAACACAAGAAAACAAGAGAAGAUAUUAUGAAAAAAUACAGUCUGGGAGAAUACAGAAAACAACCUCUCCAAACACAACGGUAUAAAAGGCCCUCUAAUGGAAGAUUGUAUAUGUCAGUCUGAUGUGAGAGCAUGAAGUGUUAGAACAUCACGGUGUAGAUCACGCGCCUUGAUUUCCGUGUAAUCAUAAACCAUUUCCCAUCAGCCAAAUUGUGGUCAGUGUGAAAGAUACUGACCCGUAACCAGGAUUUCCUGAGUUUCCUGUUAAUAUUCUGACCGCCUCCGAAAAUAAAAAAAAGGGAUUUUUUAUGCCAUUGCAGUAUCUCCACGGGACGUUUAUUAUUGGAUUUGGCUCAAAAAGCUUGACUUUUAGAUUUAUGAUAUACCUACCUUAUGACAUACCUACAUCUAGAAUGGCUUUUUUUUCUAAUUCGCUUAUGCUUUAUAGUUUGCUCUGCAAAGUCUAUUACGAACCGGAAGUAGACUUUUCGCCGUUGUUGGGGUUGCUAUCGCACCCACCCCCCUCCCCUAGGUAAGGAACUGAGAUAUGGCAAGAGUGAGACUAACUUUGCCAGGCAUAAUGAAUGAAUACCUCACAAAGUUACCAGAAUAAUGAAAAGCAGCGUUGGAAAAGCACGAACCUUUUAUACUUAUAUACCUACCUUAUAUACUUAUAUAGCUAUGGAAUAAAAAAUGAAGCAUAUAAAGUAUAGAAACACUUUGAGAGAGUCUCAGGCCAAUUAAGGCUUGACUAUGGGCUUAUACGCGGAUAUCUAAGCAUUUUUCAAAAAUACAAGACUGCGAUAACCUACAACAACCAAAUUUGACAUGGUGAAUAACCAUAGGAGAAAAACAUGAUCUGUGCAGUUUGUUGCCAUGGAAGCAGCAAACGUGCAUAUAUUUGCAUAUUAAUUAGCUAAAAACUUUAAACUUAAAUGGGGAAACUUUGUAAAUUGGUGUUCUAAGCACAUAUAUUCAUAUAUUCAUAGUCAAAAUCCCCAUAAUAAAUAGCCUUUGCAUCUGGUCCAUCGACCCCGUAACCAUGACAACGGUUACCGUGGUAACAUAAAAAAUUCUAUAUCUCGCUUAAAUUAAUAGCUGGACCAGAUGCAAAGGCUAUUUCAUACAUGUGUUAUGUCAAUAAACAAAUAUAUGCCAGUAAUAACCAUCAUAAGUAGAUGACCCAGACCCUAUGGAAUGAAAAAUGAAGCAAAUAAAGUAUAGAAACACUUUGA